AUGAAGAGUAACGGCCUGCAGAGUUCGCCAGCCAACCACCUUCCCCAUCUGCCCGCCCGAGCCCAAGCUGGGGAUGACACCGAGGGGACAGCGGUGCUCUGCACCCAGAGGGCCUGCUCUCCCCACGAUGACGCCUCUUCGGAGCCCCGGGGAGAUGCUCCUCCGGAUGGCGGAGAGCAGCUGGCUGCUCCCACUUUCCAAGGGCGGCAAGCCCUGGCCAGGAUAGUCCGCCUGGUGCUGGUGCUGAGAGACUGGGCUAGCAAAAGCUUGCACGAGGAGCAGCAAAGGCCUGACCCCUUCCUUGAGCGGAUCCAGGGCCCCGAGCUCCAGACGGUGGCUGCGGAUGUCAGCAGCGAUCCAGAGGGCGAGGAGACAGAGGCAAAAAACAAAAAGAAGAAAUGGCAGAUCUUUGUGGUGGACCCUGCAGGGGACUGGUAUUACCAUUGGCUGGCUGUCAUUGCAGUUCCUGUCCUCUAUAACUGGUGCUUGCUUGUGGCCAGGGCUUGUUUCAGUGACCUACAAAAGACCUAUGUUGUCCUCUGGCUGGUGUUAGACUACAUCUCGGACUGUAUCUAUAUAGGGGACAUAGUGAUCCGUCUGCGUACAGGUUUCUUGGAACAGGGUCUUCUGGUUAAGGACCUGAAGAAAUUACGGGAUAGCUACAUCCACACCUUACAGUUCAAGCUGGAUGUUCUCUCCAUCUUGCCAACAGACCUGGUGUACUUUGCUGUGGGAUUGCACCGCCCUGAGUUGCGUUUCAACAGGCUGCUGCACUUCUCCCGCAUGUUUGAGUUCUUUGAUAGGACUGAGACCAGAACCAGCUACCCCAAUAUCUUUCGGAUCAGCAACUUGGUUCUUUACAUCCUGGUCAUCAUCCACUGGAAUGCAUGCAUUUAUUAUGCCAUCUCCAAAGCCAUAGGCUUUGGAGAGGACACCUGGGUCUAUCCCAACGUCACAGACCCUGAAUACGGGUAUCUCACCCGGGAGUAUGUCUACUGUCUCUACUGGUCUACGUUGACUUUGACUACUAUUGGAGAAACCCCUCCUCCUGAGCGUGAUGAAGAGUACCUCUUUGUGAUCUUUGAUUUCCUUAUUGGUGUCCUCAUCUUUGCCACCAUUGUGGGGAAUGUGGGAUCCAUGAUAUCCAAUAUGAAUGCCACCAGGGCAGAGUUCCAGGCAAAAAUUGAUGCCAUCAAACACUACAUGCAGUUCCGCAAGGUGAGCAAAGACAUGGAAACCAAAGUCAUCAAGUGGUUUGACUACCUGUGGACCAACAAGAAGGCAGUGGAUGAACGGGAAGUGCUGAAGAAUCUCCCUGACAAGUUAAGGGCAGAGAUUGCCAUCAACGUUCAUCUGGAGACACUGAAGAAGGUGAGGAUCUUCCAGGACUGUGAAGCAGGUCUACUGGUGGAGCUGGUGCUGAAGCUUCGUCCUCAGGUAUUCAGCCCAGGGGAUUAUGUUUGCCGGAAAGGAGACAUCGGGAAGGAGAUGUACAUCAUCAAGGAGGGGAAGCUGGCUGUGGUAGCAGAUGAUGGAACAACACAAUAUGCUUUGCUGACCGCAGGAGGCUGCUUUGGUGAGAUCAGUAUCCUCAAUAUUAAAGGGAGCAAAAUGGGCAACAGACGCACUGCCAACAUUCGUAGCUUGGGCUACUCCGAUCUCUUCUGCUUGUCGAAGGAAGACCUGAUGGAAGCAGUCACGGAGUAUCCUGAUGCCAAAAAGGUCCUGGAGGAGCGUGGCCGGGAGAUCCUGAUCAAGGAAGGGCUGCUGGAUGAGUCAGCUGCAGAGGAAAGCAUGGAAGACAAGAACGUGGAGGAGAAGCUGGACAGGCUGGCCUUGAAUCUGGACACACUGCACAUUCGUUUUGGCCGGCUCCUGACAGAGUACAAUGCUGCCCAGAUGAAACUUAAGCAGCGCAUCACUGUUCUGGAGUCCAAGAUGAGGCAGCAAGAUCUGGAGGACUUCUCCGAUAGCUCAGACAGCCUGUCUGAGAAUGGGGAGGGACAUCCCGGUGGGAUGCAAUGAGGAGACACGCUGGUCAGCUAGACCAUGUCCUGCCUUGUACUG